AUGCAGAACGGGGAGCCGGGUGCCCCUGGCUUGCCAGGCCCACCAGGGCCAAAAGGUGCACCAGGGAAGCCUGGAGCUGCUGGUGAAGCCGGAUUGCCUGGCCUUCCUGGAGUGGAUGGUUUAACAGGAACCGACGGCCCACCUGGCCCAAAUGGGCCUCCAGGAGACCGUGGUGCAUUAGGACCUGCCGGGCCACCUGGAUCAGCUGGCAAAGGACUACCAGGACCUCCAGGGCCUCCCGGACCCAGUGGGCUCCCAGGUGGAAAUGGAUUUCGGGGUCCUCCUGGACCUUUUGGUUUGCCAGGAUUCCCAGGGCCUCCUGGACCACCUGGACCUCCUGGUCUUCCAGGCACUCUUCCCGAUGGCGGUGGGGACCUUCAGUGCCCAGCUCUGUGCCCACCGGGUCCCCCAGGUCCCCCAGGGAUGCCAGGGUUCAAGGGACACACUGGUCACAAAGGAGAACCUGGCGAAAUAAAAAAAGGAGAAAAGGGCAAUCCUGGCCCCCCCGGUCCUCCAGGCAUUCCCGGCAGCGUUGGCCUGCAGGGCCCAAGAGGACUGAGAGGCCUCCCAGGGCCAAUGGGUCCGGCUGGUGACAGAGGUGACAUCGGUUUCAGAGGGCCACCUGGAAUCCCAGGACCUCCAGGAAAAGCUGGAGUUCAAGGAAACAAAGGACCUCAAGGAUUCAGAGGGCCCAAAGGCGAUACUGGUAGACCUGGACCAAAAGGAAACCCAGGGGCUCGUGGGCUCAUAGGAGAACCUGGCAUGCCUGGCAAGGAUGGACGGGAUGGAGCUCCUGGACUCGAUGGUGAGAAGGGUGAUGCAGCUCGCAUGGGUGCUCCUGGGGAGAAGGGGCCAAACGGACUCCCUGGACUGCCUGGAAGAGCCGGUAUCAAAGGCUCAAAGGGUGAACCAGGCAGUCCUGGAGAGAUGGGAGAGGCAGGUCCCUCUGGAGAGCCGGGCAUCCCUGGCGAUGUCGGUAUUCCUGGUGAGAGAGGUCUGCCGGGACCCAGAGGAGCAACUGGGCCGCUUGGUCUUCAAGGCCCGAUGGGAGCCCCCGGCGUCAGAGGUUUCCAGGGUCCCAAAGGUGCCAGUGGUGAACCUGGCCUUCCUGGUCCAACUGGAAUUCGUGGAGAGUUAGGUGACAGGGGUCCUACUGGUGUUCCUGGCCCCAAAGGUAACCAGGGAAUUGCUGGAGCCGAUGGCCUCCCAGGUGACAAAGGAGAACUGGGUCCCUUUGGUCCCCCCGGCCAAAAAGGAGAGCCAGGAAAAAGAGGAGAACUUGGUCCAAAAGGUGUCCAAGGACCUAAUGGGACAGCUGGAGUACCAGGAAUCCCAGGACAUCCAGGCCCCAUGGGCCAUCAGGGGGAGCAAGGUGUUCCUGGCAUCACAGGAAAACCGGGGCCUCCUGGCAAAGAGGCCAGCGAGCAGCAUAUAAGAGAACUCUGUGGGGAAAUGAUAAAUGAUCAAAUUGCACAGCUGGCUGCUAAUCUGAGGAAGCCCUUGUCUCCUGGAAUGACGGGUCGUCCUGGCCCAGCUGGUCCCCCAGGUCCUCCUGGAGCAACGGGAAGUGUUGGGCAUCCUGGUCCUCGUGGUCCCCCAGGAUACAGAGGGCCAACAGGAGAACUUGGUGAUCCUGGUCCCAGAGGUGACACCGGCGAAAAGGGAGAUAAAGGACCUGUUGGCCAAGGUAUCGAUGGGCCUGACGGCGAUCAGGGACUCCAAGGACCACCUGGUGUACCUGGAAUUACGAAAAAUGGACGCGAUGGUGCUCAGGGUGAACCCGGUCUUCCAGGGGAUCCUGGUAUUCCUGGGGCUAUUGGGGCUCAGGGAACUCCAGGAAUAUGUGACACGUCAGCCUGCAUGGGAGCUGUCGGAGCAUCGACUUCCAAAAAAUCAUAAAGCCACAGCCCAAGAAGCAAAGAAGUGACUGAAUAUUUAAACAAAGCGUGCAUUGUAAGAAAAGAGAUUCCUCCUAGCGAUCACCGACAGAUGUUCCUUCUGUUGCAUUAAGUGGAGACUCUGACACAGUUCUAUGAAAAAGCAAGCAUCCGGUGAAAACUCGGAAUCCAAAGAUGCUUUAUGAGUGGUUUUUUCC